AUUUCUCCUUGUUCCACUUGCUUUUACAUGUCGGUGAAUACAGUUAUCAAUUAAGUAGUUCUGACAAAAUGUCAGGAAGUUUUUUUGACAUUUACUUUAAGCUUUUUUGUGCUUUGGAAUGACACAGUAAUUUUCUUAUUGAGUUUGCUAAAAGGCAGUCUAGGAGACAACUGCAGUAUAUCACUGCAUGAUUGGUUUUUACUGUCAUCCGUGACAAUAUUGGUCAAGUUUGGUACUGAAUGUCCUGUUGAAGGUGAUUCUGCAGUUAUCCUUGCUAUCUUACUUCCCAUUCCUCCCCACAAAUGUUGAAAAGUUUUACAACCAGAUACACCUGACCAAAAAAAAAGUAAAAAAAAAUUAUGCCAAUGCAUUGAUUUUCACUGAGAGGACUGAGUUUAUGCCAUUUUAUACAUGAGAACUGUCUGUUAGAGUCAUCUGAGUCUGUAUUAUCUUUGAGAAAAAUACCAAUGUUUAUUUGGUAUUUGGAGAUGUAAACUAUUGUAUGAGCUUUAUCAGUUUUACCUCCACGCAACUGUGAAAGUAAACUUGCAAAUUAAUGACCUCAUAUCACAGCAGAAUAUGAGAAGAAAGAGGAAAAUAAAUGUUGAGAAUGCUGCUGAGUUUAUGUAUGUUCUCCAUAUUGCAGUUAAAGCAUUUGAAAUGGAAAUUAUACCUGCUAACAGAGUUGUUGCCCAGAUUGGAGAAACACUCGUACUAACAUGCAAUAGUACUGGCUGUGCAUCACCAAGCUUUUCCUGGAGAACCCAGAUGGACAGCCCCCUUGGAGGAACAGUGAACAACCAUAGGACAUACUCUACCUUGACUAUGAAUCCAGUCAGCAUUGUGAAUUCUCAUCAUUAUCUGUGUACUGUCUUCUGUGGUGAGAAAGAGAAAAAAGAGAAGAGUAUCAAAGUUGAACUUUACUCUUUCCCCAGUGAUCCUGUUAUUGAGAUCAGCCCAUCCUUAGUUGCUGGAGAACCAGUCACUGUCCUCUGUAAAAUUCCUGAUGUGUAUCCUUCUGAUCGCCUGGAAGUGCUCCUAAAGAAAGAGGAACAUGUUCUUCAUGAGGAAAAUUUUUACGCAGAUGGCAGCACAAAUACAGAGACCAAAACUGUGAAAUAUUCAUUUAAUCCCAUGGCUGAAGAUAUUGGGAAAGAGAUUACCUGUGUGGCCAAGUUACCAAUUGCUAAUAUGGACUUUGAACCCAAAGAAAGAGUAGCUUCUCAGAAACUGAAUGCUAACUUUGGUCCACAAAAUACUAUCAUUACCGCAUCUCCAGGCAGCUCGCCAAUGGAAGGAGACCAUCUGAAACUCACUUGUGUGACUGAGAGUAAUCCACCACCACAAAUAGUCUGGAGAAAACAUCUGGCUGAUGAAAGCAUUCAGCAUCUGGUAGAAAACAAUGUCCUUUCUAUUCCGCAUGUCCAUUCCACUGAUUCAGGACUGUACAUCUGUGAAGUAAUUAAUCUGGUGACUAAUAAAACGGAGAAAGCAACUGUGGACAUUGUUGUACAAGGUGCUCCAAGCAUUGCAGAACUCUCUAUUGAGCCUUCUACAACAGUUCAAGAAGGACAAAAUGUUUCCAUACAAUGUUCUGCUGAGAGUAACCCUCCUCCCAAGAUUAUUUUAAGGAGAAAAUCGGACAGAGCAGACAUGGGGUCUUACAGUGACAGGAGAAUUCUUCUUCUUCCAUCUGUGACAUUCCUGAAUAGCGGAGACUAUGAAUGUGUAGCAGAAAAUAAGUUUGGGAAAAGUAAAAGUGAAAUAACACUUAAUGUGGAAUAUGGACCAAAGAAUACAAUGAUCUCCGUUAUCCCUGCUAACACCGUUAAAGAAGGAGAAACUGUGACGAUGAAAUGUACUAGUUCUGGUAAUCCAGCUCCAGUGAUCUCUUGGAAGAAAAAGAAGGCCACUGGGGAGUCUGAGAAAAUUUCUGAAGAUGCCACUUUAAUUGUACAGAACAUAAAAAGUCAAGAUCUGGGGCUUUAUGAAUGUGAAGCUUAUAACCAAUUUGGCAAAGAAGAAAAAGUUGUGAAAUUACUUGUUCAAGUUCCUCCCCAAAAUAUUACUGUGUUAGUAUAUCCAUCAGAAAAUGUUAAAGAAGGAGAAAAUGUCACUAUUACAUGUAGCACAUACAGUAACCCACCAUCACAGAUGGUCCUGAAAAAAGUCCAUCAGGAGAAUGAAAUUAUUCUGCCAUCAGUGAAUGGAACCUUUAUACUCUACAAUGUCACCAAAACCGAUACAGGCAGAUAUUUACUUGAUGUUUUCAAUGAGGUUGGAAACACCAUCAAAGUGAUUGAUAUAGCUGUUAUAGGUAGGAAGAUUGGAAAAAACAGAUCAAAUGAUACCACUGAUUAUUGCAUUCUCCUCUGUAACAGCAGUAGCAGUACCUGUGGUUGCAAUUUGGAUCUACGUGUCAAGAAAAGCAAAGAUAAAUGGAUCAUACAGUCUUGUAAAAGCACUCAGGCUGAAAGUGUGAUUGCAUGAAUAUAAGUCUAAGUUCAUACUAAGCCAUGUUAUUUAUUGUUGUGACUGGUUCUAUUCUUCUGUACCAUAUGGUAACAAAAAAGUGACUUAAGAACACCACCAUGUGAUAGCAAAUGGAUUUUUUUCAUGUUUUGAUAAGUAUUUCAGUAUUUAAAUUAAAGGGAAAGCUAGCAUCCUGUCCUGGAAGCUGGUAAAUUACUUCUGUGUUGCAGCAUGCUGAACAAAGAGUUCCUUGGAGAAGUAGGUUUGUACAUAGUGUAUAAUUUGUGUUAUAAAUAUGUUCAACUGAAUAUCAGUUUGUAAAAUUGCCGUCUUACUGCAACUGUACAGAGAAUUGUUGUCAAUUCAAAGAUAUAAAUCAACAUUACUUGAGCUGAUCAGAUAAUAAUAUUUUAUUUUGUAUUACUCUACAGAGUGAAUGUUUUUUAUAUGAUUUGUCUGCUGUGGUAAUGUUUAGAAAAUGUUCUCUUUUUGCUCAUAUUACCAUAAACUCUAUACCUUCAAUUAAGUUACACAA